UCUUCAUAUAUAAAUAGGCAUAAAGCCAAAGAAGAAAAUAGCUUCACCCACACAAGUCCAACACCCCAAAGAAUUUUCUCUUCUUCCCCAUCAAUGAAUGAGAGACCACCUCAACUUCUUUCUCCAUUUUUGUCCUUCCCACGAUGAUGAGAACAUCAUCAUCAGAUCAUUCCUGAUUUUGGGCUCAUCAAGGAAAACAGCUCCGUCCCCCUUUCUUUUAUUGACAAUCCAACAACAACAAAAUAGACCCCUUUAUCUUUAGCUGGACACAGCAAAAAAGGACAGGCAAAGAAGGCUUCCGAAAUCAAACCCGGUAGCCGUUGUUGUCUUCCAUCGAGCUAGAGAACUUAACUAUGUCCAACUUCUCUGGAGAAGAAGGAAGUUUCUCCUCAGGCAACACAGGCGAUCAAGAAGUCUUGCAGCACGAUGAUAAUCAGCGGCAGUUACCAAGUCGACUCCUCGAUCCAUCAAACUCACAACAAGCCCCCGGCGCCACCGAUAAUAGCUCCUCGACCCAACCUCAGCAGCCCUCUAAGAAGAAGAGGAACCUGCCGGGAACUCCAGACCCGAAUGCCGAAGUUAUUGCCCUCUCGCCAACAACACUCAUGGCGACGAACCGGUUCGUGUGCGAGAUCUGCAACAAAGGAUUCCAGAGAGACCAAAACCUUCAGCUUCAUAGGAGAGGCCACAAUCUUCCAUGGAAGCUGAGGCAAAGAACCAACACCGAGCCCAAGAAAAGGGUCUAUAUAUGUCCCGAGCCGACAUGCGUUCACCAUAAUCCAGCUCGCGCCCUAGGAGAUCUCACCGGCAUUAAGAAGCAUUAUAGUCGUAAGCAUGGAGAGAAGAAGUGGAAGUGUGAUAAGUGCUCGAAGAAAUACGCCGUGCAAUCUGAUUGGAAAGCACACCAAAAGACUUGCGGUACAAGGGAGUACAAGUGUGACUGUGGGACUAUCUUCUCCAGAAGAGAUAGUUUCAUUACUCAUAGAGCCUUCUGCGAUGCUUUGGCUGAAGAGAACAAUAAGGUGAACCAAGGCCUUGCCGGGAACCAAAUGCCGGAACUCAUUUCAUCGUCCAAUAAUCACAACAAUGCACCCCUCAACAUUGGCAUGAACGAAUUCGCCACAACCUUCGACCCCAAAAACCCUCUCAAGUCCCUUCCUCAGGAGCUCAUCCCCGUGCCGUUCAAGUCCAACAACUUGAACAGCAUGGCGAUGUCCGGAGGGAUUGGAGGUAUGUUCUCGAGCAGCUCCGGCACCCUCUUCGGUGGCCCUAGGAGCUCCAUGCAGAUGUCCAUGUCCCCAUCGUCGUCGAGCCUCCAACUGAGCUCGAACACUUCCUCCUCUGGGUUCAACUACCUUCAGGACACAAAGACGGGCUGCCAGGUCUCGCCCUCCUCUGCCCACAUGUCGGCCACCGCGCUGCUUCAGAAGGCAGCCCAAAUGGGCGCUAGCGCAAGCAAUAGUAUUAACUCCCCGAUGAUGCAGAAGAGCUUCACCAGCAGCAUGGCAGGUCCUAACCAGUUCACUCCAAUCCGACCACCUUCCUACAAAGAGGCCAGCCAGCAACAGAAUGACAGCAGUAGCACAUACGAGCAGCACCGCUUCCCAAGUCAACCCGAACCAAACUUCAUCGGGACAACAACCAAUGGCAGUUUCACGAACCACCUGUUACAGAAGAACAACCCCCAGGAGACUAUGUCCCACCUCAUCGACGGCGCUAAUGGGAUUGGUAGUCCCGGCCCACAACCUAUGCCCGACCACCUGGGCAUCUUCUCCAACAUGUAUGGCCCUGCAUUAGACCACCAGGGAAACCAACUAGGGUUCAUGAAGGCCAGCAGCAGAAGCAUUGGCGAUGACCAAGACAGCAGUGGAUCAAGUAUGGUCCCCAGCGGGCCUGAUAGGAAUAGCCAAGCCAGGCCAUCGAGGUUUGGGGCAGCAGCAGACAGUAACAAUGUGAUGACAGUGGAUUUCCUGGGAAUUGGAGGAGGCUCGAGGGGACCAGGGAGUAGAAGUAAUUUGCACGAGCAACAGAUGUCGGUGAUGGGCCAUUUCGGGCACGGAGAGUCAGCCAUGGAGAAACAAAUAUGGGAUCUUUGAGAGGGUUAAUGUACUUAUGGUAAUCAAAACUGACACCAUGAACUUUGCAUAUACUGUUAGCUUCACAGAUAUUGGUGUGGAGAGAAUAAAUUGUUUCUUCUUA